AUGCAAAGCGCAGUGGUUUUACUGCUCUGCACAGCGUUGCUGGUGCCGUUGGCAAGUGGAAAGACGUAUACGGUGACCGUCGCCGGCAAGGUGGAAUGUUGUUCGGGGACUCGAAGGCCAUGCCCGGUUUACAAAGACAAGGCACAAGUUGAGUUGUGGGAUCGAUAUAAAGGUGAGUGAGGAUGAGGUUUGUCGGGAAAAUAAUGAGCACUCUGUUGCAUCGAAAAUCGCAUCGCCGAGGAAAUGAAUUGGGUCAAGGCACAAUCAAAUUGCUUUCAAUUCAGCGAUCGACGCAGCGAAAUUGUGCUCAAUAUUUUUCCGACAGUCUGAUAGGAAAAGUGCUUCAAGCUCGGCAAAAAGACUUUGAUGAAAUAUUGCAAAAUUGAAUUAUACUUACAUGUUUACAUCACCAUUAACAACAUAUCAGUUUGUCGGAAAAAUAAUGUGGAUUCAUCGCGCCUUAAAAUCCCCCCAUCAUCACUUCAAGAAGGCAAUCCGCGGAUAGAUUUUUGGUACAAUAAGAUAUUUUGCUGCAACAAACCCACAUUAUUUCCCCGACAGACUUAUAGCUGUUAUUAAAAUAUCCAAUUCAGUUGGUAGUGACAAGUUGCUAAGCCGCAAAGAAAACGACCGAAACACCGGAAACAUCCUGAUCACAGGAAGCACCAACUCCAUACUCCUUGGUUUUGAUCCAUACGUCGUCAUACGACAUACCUGUGGAGCCAAGCCGGUAAGAAGAGCAAACAAUUUGCAUAAUUCGUCUAGAAAUGCGCCCGCAAGCUGACAAUUCCCAUCCCUCGAGCACAUGUAAAGAUUGGCAAAACGUUUUCCAUCGAACAUCUUGACCUGUACAAGCCGCAUCUCGGCCGGAAUGAAGAUAAUUGCUGA